GCCGGGCUGCGCCUGCGCGGGGCGCGGCUCGGGGAAAGGAGAGGCCGGUCCCCCACGCCUGCGCACUCGGAGUAAGAUGGCGGCGGCGGCGGCCCGGCUGGGCUGCGGAGCUGCGGCUCGUGCCGCCGGCUUGCGCAGGCGGUUAUAUGACAUGAUGAAACCAUGCACCAUUAAGAAACAGCCUCUGCAUCAGUUUGUGCAAAGACCACCUGUCCCACUAUCUGCAACCUUACGUAACACAGUGAGACACAUGUUUAUUCAAACACAAGAUACCCCAAAUCCCAACAGUUUAAAAUUUAUUCCAGGAAAACCAGUUCUUGAGACAAGGACCAUGGAUUUCCCCACACCAGCUACAGCAUUUCGCUCCCCUCUGGCUAGGCAAUUAUUUAGGAUUGAAGGAGUAAAAAGUGUCUUCUUGGGACCAGAUUUCAUCACUGUCACAAAGGAAAGUGAAGAGUUAGACUGGAAUUUACUGAAACCAGAUAUUUAUGCAACAAUCAUGGAUUUCUUUGCAUCUGGCUUACCCUUAGUCACUGAGGAAACAUCUUCAGGAGAAGCAGUAUCUGAAGAAGAUGAUGAAGUUGUGGCAAUGAUUAAAGAACUGUUAGAUACAAGAAUACGGCCAACUGUGCAGGAAGAUGGAGGCGAUGUAAUAUACAAGGGCUUUGAAGAUGGUAUCGUACAGCUGAAACUCCAAGGUUCUUGUACCAGCUGCCCUAGUUCAAUCAUUACUCUGAAAAAUGGAAUUCAGAACAUGCUGCAGUUUUAUAUUCCAGAAGUAGAAGGCGUAGAACAGGUUAUGGAAGAGGAACCAAAUGAAAAAGAAACAAAUUCACCUUAAAAUAUUUUGAGUUUUCUUUGGACCCAGCAAUCAGGCUUAUUGAUAUUAUAUACCUUGCUUUUAUUAUUAACUGCUAAGGAAUUGCAGAUUAAUAAAAUAUGCUCUUUCUUCAGAGAAUGAUAUAUAAA